AUGACCCCCCGGGGCCUGCUGGCCGUCGUCUGCUGCGCGAUCUGGUCAGCGGCCGUGGCCACGGCACUCCCCAGCUCGACGACCGACCACACCUCCUCCCACGGCACCUUCGUCAAGCACAGCGAACCCGACCCGUUAUGGCACAUAUACGGGCUGAACCGCUCCGAGGAGUUCAAGUACUUCCACGAGCCCGGCCGCGACGACACCCUGGGCCACUACGAUUCGCGAUUCUUCCGCGGCGAGCCCGUGCCGGAGGAGGAGCGCUCCGUCACCCUGACGCAUAUGAUCCGGGCGUAUCUGAAUUUCUUUGAGGACAAUGCGCUGGAGACGUGGAUCGCGCACGGCACGUUGCUAGGGUGGUGGUGGAAUGGCAAGGUGGGUGGUCGUGGUGGCGUUUUGCCCUGGGUUUUCUGGCCGUUCACUCACAUUCCGCAGAUCAUGCCCUGGGAUUGGGACAUCGACACCCAGGUCAUGGAUACCACGCUGUUUCACCUCGCCGAUCACUUCAACCAGACCGUCGUCCAGUACACCACCGCCAAUCCCCAGACCGAACGCAAGUACCUCCUCGACGUGAACCCGUGGGCGCGACAGCGCGAUCGCGGCAUGGGACUGAACAUCAUCGAUGCGCGCUGGAUCGACAUCAGCACGGGCUUAUAUAUCGACAUCACCGGGUUGAGCCGUCUCAACCCCAACAAACCCACCCGGUGGGAGUGCAAAAACGGGCACGAGUAUCAGACGGAUGACAUCUAUCCGCUGCGCACAUCGACCUUCGAGGGCGUGACGGCCAAGGUGCCGUUCCGGUAUGACGGGGUACUCACGGAGGAGUACACCAAGAAGGCGUUGACCAACACCCAGUUCCAUGAUCACACGUGGAACCCAAAACUAGAGGAGUGGGUGCUAGACGAGCCGGCCGCGAAAGACGGCAAGGACGACCGGCACACGCUGACAGACCUGACCACCCUCCUCUCCGACACCCUACACAUCCCCCCGGCCAACCAAAAACUCCUCAUCGCCCCUAAACCCGGCAUGCUCAAACACCCCUUCGCGCCCACCCCGCUCUCCACCCUCCUCCCGCUCACCUCCCCGAAAUUCAAACUCACCCUCCUGGGCACCCCGACCAGCGACAUCGACACGCUCAACGCCCAAGCCACAGCCCUCAAGACGCAAGCCGAGGCGCGUCUCCAGGCGUGGCGAACCUACGGCGCAUCGCCUACCCGCUCCUCCUCCUCCUCCUCCUCCUUCUCCACAACCAACAAAAUCCACACCCUCUCCUCCUCCUCCACCUCCAGCAAUUCAGACACCUACACCUUCCACCGUCUCCUCCCCCUCCCCCACCUCCCCCACCCAGAACGCAGCCUCACCUUCCUCACCCGCCUGCGCUCCGACCCAGGCAUCCGCUCCGCCAUGGCCAAACACAAAUUCUCCGUCCCGCUGCUCACGGAAAUGGACCCCAUCGAACACACCACCAUGGAGUCGCGCACGCUCGGCCUGAAUCGGAAUAAAGGCGAGGUGAUCGAGUUGAGGUUGCGCACGGACGCUUACGACGGGUAUCGCGAUUACAGGACCAUUCGCAAGACGCUGUGUCAUGAGCUGGCGCAUUGCGUGUUCAGUGACCAUGAUCGGGAUUUCUGGGAUUUGACGGCUCAGAUUGAGAGGGAGGUCGAGAGGGGGGAUUAUACGAAGAGUGGGAGGACGGUGGGCCAGGAGGAGUUUUAUAAUCCUCGGGAUUGGGAGGGCGUGGAGAGUGGGGAGGUUGUGGUUGAUGAGAGGGGGUGGACCGGGGGGAGUUUGUUUUGGGGGGUCCGGUGGUGGUGGUGGUGGUGGUGGUGGUGGGCAGGGGAGGGGUGA